AAAAUUGACCGGGGCUACCGGGUGCAGUCAAUUUUUAAAUACUUUUUGGGUGACGUGUUAAAGUUUUCCCAAAGAAAAAUCAUGAAAAUCCUAAUUUUCUUUAUUUUGGCCCUUUUUGCCUAUGCGAGAGGGCAAGGGAACACUUUAGUCCUACUCGACAACCAAGUUAUCAAAGAGACCCAUUCAAUAUUCUUCAGAUCUUUGCAAGAACGGGGGUACAGUCUAACAUUUAAAAUAGCAGACGACUCCUCACUAGUACUAUCAAAAUAUGGCGAAUACCUCUACGAAAACCUAAUCAUAUUCGCCCCUUCUGUUGUGGAAUUUGGGGGGCAACUAAAUGUAGAUACUAUAACCCAAUUCAUUGAUAACGGUGGCAAUGUCCUUGUCGCUGGUAACGAAGUUACCGGGGACGUUCUGAGAGAAGUGGCCUCAGAAGUAGGGUUUGAGGUUGAUGAAGAGGGUGCAUUCGUUAUCGACCAUUUGAAUUACGACACUUCCGAUCAAGGACAGCAUACAAAACUGGCUGUAUCUGCUGAGAAUCUUAUCGAUGCCCCCGUGAUAGUUGGGGUCAAGAAGGGUAUUGCCCCUUUGUUGUACCAAGGAACUGGCAUUUUAGCUGACUCAGAAAAUCCUCUGGUUUUGCCCCUGUUAACUGCCGAGAGUACUGCAUACAGUUAUAUUCCAGAUCAACCAAUUAUAGAGUACCCCCAUGCCAUCGGCAAAGACACAGUACUGAUAGCGGGUCUCCAAGCAAGAAACAAUGCCAGAGUAGUAUUCAGUGGCUCCCUCUCCUUCUUUUCUGAUGAAUUCUUCACCUCGCCAGUCCAAAAUGCCAUGGGUUCAGUAAAAGCCUCAAAAUCAGGCAACGAAGAGGUGGCCACCUCAAUUACCCAGUGGGUGUUCAAAGAGCACGGCAGACUCCGGGUGAAAUCCGUUCAGCACCAUAAGGCUGGAGAAAAGGCCCCUCCGAGCGAUUACACCAUUAUGGACGACGUGGUUUAUCAAAUUGGAAUUGAAAUUUAUGAUAAAAACGUGUGGAGACCGUUCCAGGCUAAUGAUGUCCAACUGGAAUUCGUUAGGAUCGAUCCGUUCGUACGCACCACCCUUAAGCCCAGCCCCCGUGGGGUUUAUGAGGCCAGAUUUAAGAUUCCCGAUGUGUACGGGGUGUAUCAGUUUAAGGUCGAUUACGAUAGGGUUGGAUAUACUAGACUGUAUAGUACCACUCAGGUUUCCGUGAGACCUCUGGAGCACACCCAGUACGAGAGAUUUAUAGACUGCGCAUAUCCAUACUAUUCAGGGGCAUUCUCCAUGAUGGUCGGCGUAUUCGUUUUCUCCAUUGUGUUUUUACAUAUGAAGGAGGAUGAGAAAAAGACGAAGAGUGAGUGAGCGAGGCGACUUUCGUUCACUCUUUUCUCUAGUUUUUAUGAAUUUCUAAGAAAUUAAAUGUUGAAGUCCAAAAUAAAUAAUAAUUAAUGAUAA